CCGGGAGGCUCGGAGCCGGCGGGGCGGUCGCUGCGGGCAGGGAUGAACGCGGCCGUGGUGCGGCGCACGCAGGAGUCCCUGGGCCGGGUCAUCCGCAAGCCGCCUCUCACCGACCGGUUGCUCGGCAAGCCGCCCUUCCGCUACUUGCACGACGUCAUCGGCGAGGUAAUUAGAGUGACAGGUUUCAUGAAGGGGCUAUACACAGAUUUUGAGAUGAAAUCUGAUAAUGUUAAGGAUAAAGAUGCCAGAAUUGGCUUUCUCCAAAAGGCAAUUGAUGUUGUCAUAAUGGUAACAGGGGAGCCAUUAGCAGUGAAGCCAGUCCGUAUUGUAGCUGGACAUGAACCUGAAAAAACAAAUGAAUUUCUCCAAGCAAUUGGAAAAUGCUGUCUCAAUAAGUUAUCCAGUGAUGAUGCUGUGAAAAGGGUCCUUGCUGGGGAGAAAGCUGAUAUCAAGGGGAAAACUCCAUCUUCUUCUAAAUUUCAGGACAAAGAAAAUAGAGAAUCCAGGGCAGAAGAACAAAAAAGCCAUAAAGAUAAAGAGGGUAGAGGCGACUCUGAAAUAAAAGACAGAAGCACAAGCAGAGACAGAAAACCUAGAGAAGAACUGAAAGAUGGAGAGACCAGACAAAGAGAAAAGGAAAGUGACAAGCAUAAAGAUAAUGACAGACGCACAGGCCUUGAAAGGGACAAUAUUAAGGAGGGUGAAAAACAUGAGAGAGACGCACACAAAAACAGAACAGCUAAACAAGGAAGAGAAACAGAAAAAAGUAGACACAAAGAAAAAGGCAAUACUGAACGAGAGAAAGACCUGGGCCAUGAUAAAGGACGAGAGAGAGACAGAAAAAAUGAAGGGGGAAGAGAAAAGGACAGAGUGAAGGGCAGAGAUAAAGACUGUGAGAAAGGUCUGAAUAGGGAAAAAGACAGGGAAAAACGAGAACGUGGUAAAGAUGGGGAACGUUCAAGAGAACAAGGAAAAGAUAAAGCAGAAAAAAAGUUCACAGAAUCAGAGGAAACUAGAGCAAGGAAGUCUGCUAAAGACACCAAGAAUGAACCAAACAAUGAGAGUGAAAGUCUUGCAAGAUUAUCAAGGCAGCAUUCAACAAAGGGGUCAAGGCACCGGUCCAAACCCGGAGGAGAAGGAAGAAGGGAAGCUAGUAAAAGUGCAGCUAAUAUUUUGGUUGAGAAAACUGCUAGCAUAUUGAGAGCUGAGUCUAUCACUACAGUACAGGAAAGAGGAGUACUGGAAACUAAUAGCACAACAGAUCAUGUUUCAGAUGAAACAGCUUUUAGUGUAUUCCAUGAGAAAGCUGAACCAGGAGCUGCAAUAAAACAGCAAGAAGGGGAAGCUGGGAAUAUUUCUUCUGAAAAGCCAGUGGUAUCUGAGAAUGGUGAAGUGUCUAAUGAUCUGCCACCUCAUGCCACCCAAAGAAGAAUGCCCCGCCCAAGCAGUGCUAGACCAGCUCCACCUAGAAUCAAACGACAAGAAAGUACAGAGAUUUUACUUCCAGAGAGAAGUGGCAGUGGCAAAACAGUCUCAAAUGUGAUCAUAGACAAACAGAAUUCUGAUGAUGACGACGAUCAGUUUGUGGUGGAGGCAACCUCACAGCUACCUGAAAUGCCAGAACUGGAAAUGGAACCAGCAGUGGAGCUAGAUGGAGAAGAGAAGCAUGGUGGGCUUGUAAAACGAAUCUUAGAAACAAAGAAAGAUUAUGAGACGUCCCAAAAAUCACUGAAUUCUUCAGAAAAGGAGAAGCCAUUUCUGUCAGAAGCAGCCAGGAGAAAAGAGAAGGACCUAGUAUCUAAAGAAAUAGAGAAGUUUCGUGGAUCUAUUCAGACCUUGUGUCGGAGUGCACUUCCGCUUGGGAAAAUCAUGGACUACAUUCAGGAGGAUAUGGAUGCCAUGAAGAAUGAGCUGCAAAUGUGGCAGUAUGAGAACAAGCAGCAUGCUGAAGCUCUACAAAAGGAGCAAAACAUCACUGACAGUGCUGUGGAACCCUUAAAAGCAGAACUAGCAGAGCUGGAGCAGCUGAUUAAGGACCAGCAAGACAAGAUUUGUGCUGUAAAGGCUAACAUUUUAAGGAAGGAAGAAAAAAUACAGAAGAUGGUUCUUAGCAUUAACUUAUCGUCAAGAAGGUGAAGAAGAGAAGAAUGAAGCAUUGCCCCGGUUUAUAUUUCUACCAAAUAAAGACAGUAAAGGAAAAAAAUAAAGAUAGUAAGAACAGUGACCUGUACAAUUUCAUAUUCUUACAUUCUACUCACUUGUGAGGUUGGUUUUAUCAGUAAUAAGCUUACAACAACUUGGAUAUUACAGAACUGUCAACAUACCUAUUUUGAAUAUGUCUUUAGACAGAGGCUGCUGUUAUUUGGUUACUUUCUACUUCCAACACAUUUCCUCUCCAUGGCCUCUUUUUAUAAAUAUCUGCAGUUUAUACAUUCAUGUUUCCCCCCUACUGCAUCCAUUUUGGGUGAUUUUGAACAGGAAUGGAAUAUCCUGUUGUGAGAAAUGUUCUUAGCUAUCUUUUUUUGCAGAAAUGUCUGAAAUCCCUACAAAUCAGAUGGGUCUGAAAUACCUUCCACUAUUUACAAGUCCUAAAAAGAAAUCUGUAAAAGAAUGCUUAUUGAUCUAGAGCUAAAGCUUUGUUUAGCUUACAGCUCCUUAUGUUAUCACAAGGGUGAUGUCAUAUUUUCAUAGCUAUCCAGGAAUAUUAUUAGGAACCAUAUAAGAAACCAUACAAGCAUCACCAAGCAAGGGAUCAAAAGUAUUUUAUCUGCACAGGUGUUAAUUCCAUUUUUAUUGCAAAUGUUCAUUUGAAAAGGAUUAAUUUAAGCACCCAUUUCCUCCCAAAUACAUGGUCAUAUAAGUUUUUAUACAUUAAUAAUUCCACUGAUCUUUAGUUAACUACAGAUGUCUGCAGUGCUUUUCUACUGACCUCUCUAGUGCACUGUGUGUAAGGGCCCAGCCCUUCCAAUUCAUAAAUUGGAAAAAAACCCUAUUCAAAUAUUGCAUAAAUCAUUGCAAUAAAGUCAGCAGAAAUAUGGAAAUUUCUAGUGCUGUACAAACUUUUAGGCAUUUUUUCAAGAUUUUUUUUUGUUUACAGUAAUAUCUUAUGUUUCCAUUAUUUAUUGUGUAAAACUACCAAACCAUUUUGCCUUUUUUGUUGAGAGAUCGGCAUUUUGUGGCUUGACUUUUUUUUUGUAUUCACUGCUGCAAAAUGUGAUUUACUAUACACUUUCAAACUAUGGACAUCAGGCUACAGAAAUUUUUAAAAAGCAUUGAGGAUUUAAACAGUUCAUUGCAUUGUUUUUGCUAACUAUGGACUAGAAUGAUGCCUUCAGCUACGGUCUAAAUUGUCCAUAGAACAAUGUUAGUGCGUGAGCACUUUCUAGCUUUAAGUUAUUUCGAUUCUUUACUCAUUUUUCUCUUGAUUGACAGAUUCCUCACUAUAAUGAGACUUUUGAUGUAAUAUCUUAACAUAGUACAGUUGUUUGAAAAGAAUAUUCUCUUUCUAAGGAAUACUACACUAUUACUUUACAUUUUUUUUAGUGACUGGUAUAAACAGGAUAAUCGCAUUAACUAGGAUGCCAUAAUGUUUUUCU